AUGAGCCACCUCUUCGGUCCCCCGCUGGCCGCCCUGGCGGCCUCGCCGCUGCUCUACGUGUACAGCCCCGAGAGGCCCGGGCUGCCCCUGGCCUUCGCCCCCACCGCCACGCUGGCCGGCCCGGGGCGCGCGGAGCCCCCGCAGAAGCCUCCCUACAGCUACAUCGCGCUCAUCGCCAUGGCCAUCCAGGACGCUCCCGAGCAGAGGGUCACCCUGAACGGCAUCUACCAGUUCAUCAUGGACCGCUUCCCCUUCUACCACGACAACCGCCAGGGCUGGCAGAACAGCAUCCGCCACAACCUGUCGCUCAACGAGUGCUUCGUCAAGGUGCCGCGCGAGAAGGGGCGGCCGGGCAAGGGCAGCUACUGGACGCUGGAUCCUCGCUGCUUGGACAUGUUCGAGAACGGCAAUUACCGGCGUCGGAAGAGGAAGCCCAAGGCCGCCGCGGGAUCCCCGGAGGCCAAGCGCACCCAGGUCGAGCCGCCGGAGUCAGUGAUGGGCUGCGACACAGCGUGCCCCGGCCUGGCCACUGCCCGCCCGCCGCGCGCGCCGGAUCGCGCUCAGUCCCCGGCGGAAGGCACCGCGCGGCCCGCGCUCCUUCCCCGGUCCGGCCCUGAGCCCCGGGACCCCGACUCGGACCACACAGUCCAGGGCGCAGGGGCAGCGGCCAGCGGCCAGCGCGAGCGCGCGGUACCCCGCCCGGGCUCCCCUCUGCGCCCCGCCCCCAGCGGCUCCCCCAAGGGGUCCAAGUCCAAGAGCUUCAGCAUCGAGAGCAUCUUGGCUGGGAGGCCAAAGCCGGUCUCAGAGGACGAGGCCCCGGGGCGCCCCAAGCCCGUGCCCGGUGCGCUGGCCGCCUCGCUGCUGGCCUCCUCCUCCGGCCUGCCGCCUCCCUUCAACGCUUCGCUGGUGUUCGACCCUCACGUCCAGGGCGGCUUUUCCCAGCUGGGAAUCCCCUUCCUUUCCUAUUUCCCUCUGCAGGUCCCCGAGGCUGCGGUGCUCCGCUUCCAGUAAGGCGGAUCAGCCGCCUCUAAGCCCCGCGCGGUAACCCCACCUCCAGCGAGC